AAAAAUUUCCAUUAAUACAUUUUAUUAUUUUAGUAAUUACAGCUCGAAAUUCGUCUUCUUCCUUCCUCUGUUUUUCGAUUCGGUUCGGUUUAAAGUUUGAAUCUUUAAGUGUGUUGUGUGAUUUGACUUGGGUCUAUGCUCUGAUUCGAAGCUCCCACUUCACAGUUCUUGCCUCUUGAUAUAACCCUUAAAGGUUGGACCUUUAAUGGCUGGUGGAAUGACACCAUCGUCUUCAACCUCAGGGAUCUUCUUCCAAGGAGACAAUGAUGAAUCACAAAGCUUCAUCAACUCUCACUUCACUUCCUCUUACAACAACAACAACCCUCCUGGUUGUGGUGGCUACCACAACCUCAGUGAGCUCCACAACCCUGCUGCUAUGAUGUCUGUCUCAACCCCUGGAGCUAGCUCCAUGGUCACUGACGCCAACUCAGGAGGAGGAGGAGGACUCUCCGGCGGAGGAGGCGGUGGUGGUGGUCCUAACCUCCAGCGUAGUGCCAGCAUCAACAACGAGUCCUACAUGCGUUUACCCGCUUCGCCAUUGUCAUUCUCCUCUUCAUCGGUCGCCGACGGGUCCACGGUAGUGCAGCGAGGAGGCUCCAGCGCUACCUCGCUUCGCCGCGGGGCAGCCUCGGAGACUUUCUUCCAGGACCCUACGCAGGCGAGGAAGAAGCCUCGUGUGGAUUCGAAGCAAGACGACGCUCUCCAGCAGCAGAUAUUGCGUCAGUGGCUUCAGAGACAGGAGCUGCUUCAUCAGCAGCAGCAAGGGCAGAACCCACAGCUACAGCUUUUGCUUCAGCAACAGAAGAUUAGGCAACAGCAACAGUUUCUCCAGUCUCUCCCGCCGUUGCAACGGAUUCAGCUGCAACAGCAGCAACAGGUGCAGCAGAUGCAGCAGCAACAACAACAACAACAACAAGUAGCUAAUGGGCCAAGGGCUUAUGAGAAUAGCGUCUGCGCUCGGAGGUUAAUGCAGUAUCUAUAUCACCAACGGCAAAGACCUUCUGAGGGGAGUAUUGUUUAUUGGAGGAAGUUUGUGAACGAGUACUUUUCACCACGUGCAAAGAAGAGAUGGUGUCUCUCUCAUUAUGAUAAUGUUGGUCAUAGCGCACUUGGUGUUUCUCCUCAGGCUGCAACGGAAGAGUGGCAGUGUGAUCUUUGUGGCUCUAAAUCAGGAAGAGGAUUUGAAGCAACUUUUGAUGUGUUGCCAAGGCUUAACGAGAUCAAGUUUGCAAGUGGUGUCCUUGACGAGCUUCUUUACCUCAGCGUCCCUGCUGAACGGAGAUUCCCUUCAGGAGUUAUGGUGUUGGAAUACGCAAAAGCAGUUCAGGAGAGUGUGUAUGAACAUAUCCGUGUUGUCCGUGAAGGCCAUCUUCGGAUCAUAUUCUCCCAAGAGCUUAAGAUCCUCUCUUGGGAGUUUUGUACUCGUCGACAUGAAGAGCUGCUUCCUCGCCGUCUUGUAGCUCCACAGGUGAAUCAGUUGCUUCAGGUUGCAGAGAAGUGUCAGAGCACAAUUGAUCAAAGUGGACCAGAUGGGAUUCAUCAGCAGGAUUUGCAAGCAAAUAGCAACAUGGUCAUGGCUGCUGGGAGACAACUAGCUAAAAGCUUGGAGUCACAUUCACUCAAUGACUUAGGCUUUUCUAAACGUUAUGUUCGGUGUUUACAGAUCUCUGAGGUUGUAAGCAGCAUGAAAGACAUGAUUGACAUGUGCCGUGACCAAAAAGUUGGUCCAAUAGAGGCGUUGAAGAGUUAUCCAUAUAGAAUGAGGACAGGGAAGAUGCAGAUGCAGGAGGUGGAGCAAGUAGCAGCUAAUGCUUCUCAAGGGCUUCCACCUGAUAGGAACAGUCUCAACAAGCUAAUGUCAUUGCGCAAUAACAUACCUAUGAACAACGGUCAGGGCUCUGCACAAGCCGCUGCUUUUGCUCUUACCAAUUACCAGACGAUGCUAAUGAAACAGAAUGCUGAGCAAACCAACGGUAGUCUCCAGCAAGAAUCUUCAAGAAACAUGAGCCCAUCUCCGAGCUAUCAAGGAGCUAUUGGUUCUUCCCAUUUGUCUCCUCAGUGGCAAAUGCCAAGCUCUAGUUAUAAUAACUCCUCAGUUCAUCAGCAAUACCAACAACAACAACAACAGCAACCUUCGUGUAGUGGCAGUAAUAACCAAGCGCUGGAGCAACAGAUGAUUCACCAGAUAUGGCAACAGAUGGCAAACAGCAACGGAGGAGGCUCCGGGCAACAGCAGCAGACACUGUCUGGUCAGAACAUGGGAAGAAACAGGACAGAUUAUGUUCCCACUGCGGAAACACCGAGCACAUCCAACAGGUUCAGAGGUGUUAUUAAAGGGGUAGACCAGGGGCAAAACCAGGAAGGGAUGGUGGUGUCAUCUAACACAUCUUCUUUCAACUUUGAGAAUAAUGGGUUCUUUAGCAAUGGGGUUGAUGAGAGCAUGGAAUAUCCUUGGAAGGCAUGAAGGAGAGUUGGUUGGUUAGUUAGUCGUUUUGUAAAGAAAUGAGAAGUACUAAAAGACUUAGAGACCAUCUUUAGGGGGUUUAUGUGAAUCUCAUGAGAAAGGUUCAUCAAUGUUAACUUUGUUGCUUUACUUUAGACUAAAAACUUGUGUUUUUAUCAAGAGGUGUUUUGGAAUAUGUUGUCUGAUCCUGCAAGUGAAGGAAGACUAUUCUUCUUCAGUAACUCAUCAUAUUAUUAAUCCCAAGAACUUUCUUGUCAAGUACAUCUUAUUAUACAUAGGUGACUCUGAUAUCU